GGAACUCUUUAGCGAGGUUCGGGUUUCCCCGGAAGUGCUGUAUAUGUCGGUGCACAGGAUAGGUGAGACUAGCUAUGCGGGACAGAAUUAAGGUUCGGACAGGAGUGUGAUAAUGUGUUUCUGUUUCUUUAGAGUGUUGACCAUCACUGAAUUUGUAUCUGUGGAUGAAAAUCUUCACUGCGAAUCCCCGCCUCCUUAAGUGACGCUUUCUCUGAUGUUAUGCAACACACACUUUUUAACACAGAAAGUUUCAUCAGCAUAUGUAUAUAUAGGUGUAUCUGCUCCAUAGUGGAUCAUGUUCUGGGAGGUGCCAUACUUGAUACUGAGAAGACUGAGAGCACAGCGUGAACGGUUAGAAGAAGAAGAAGAAGAAAAAGAAGAUGAUAAUCAUUAUGAGUCGCCACCACGUCAGAAAAGAGCAGUUAAAAAUAACAUUAAUACUAGAAGACAGUUUUUAAGAAGACGGAGGCGAAGAAGAAUCUUCCCUGCCAGAAUAAAUCUCUCUGAGAUUGAUGAGCGCGAUAUUCAAGAACGCUAUCGUCUUAGUUCAGAUUUUAUAAUGUCCCUCUAUGAACUCAUAAAGAAAGACCUAAUCUCUACUACAAAGAGAAGUAAUGCGGUUCCCGGUAUGGUGAAAUUGCUUUGUGCUCUCCAUUAUUUCACCAGUGGUUCCUUACAAAGCACCGUAGCCGAGGCCGGCGGUAUAACCCAAAGCACGUUCAGCCGUGCUCUCUCUGAGGUUAUAUCUGCAGUCUUGAAGCUGCAAGAUCAGUUUAUAACUUUUCCCAAAAACACAGGAGGACAGAAACUGAAUAUGGCAGGAUUCCGCUGCAUCGAUGGCUUUCCAAAUGUUCUGGGUGUGCUGGGCUGUACACACAUUGCAAUCUCUCCCCCCUCAGAAAUGGAACAAAUGUAUCGUAAUAAUAAGCACUACCAUUCCAUCAAUGUACAGCUUGUCUGUGCUCCAGAUAUGAGGAUCCUGGAUGUGGUAUCACAGUUUCCUGGAUCAACACACAACGCAAAUCUACUGAAGCAAUCCAAGAUACAUGAAAGAUUUGAGAACGGAGAAUUUAAUGACUGGCUUUUGGGUGAUGAAGGUUAUGGCGUUAAACCGUGGCUUCUAACUCCCUUUGACAAACCAGUUACAAAGGCAGAAAUUCAAUACAAUAUAUCACACAGUUCAACUUAUUCUGUUCUGGAGCGAACUGUCGAGGUGCUCAAAAGUCGUUUCCGCUGUUUGGAUAAUCCUAAUGGAGUUCUGCUCUACAACCCAGAGAAAGUCUGUAAAAUUAUCCUUGUGUGUUGCAUAAUCCAUAACAUAGCGAUCAUGAAAUGUCUAGAUGUGGACAUUGCACUGGAUCUGAGACCUCCAAUCAAAGAUGAGUCUAUAGAGGAUGACACAGAGGAAGGCACUGUACAGCGGGAUAAAGUUGUAGCCGAGUUCUUUCCCGUUUGAAACUGCAAAGCUGUACCAGUCCCAGAUGCUGCGAGCAUUUCAUCCUAUCACAAUGUGCAUUUUUUUGCUAACAUAGAUCAUAGAUGUGGCAGUAUUUUUUGUAAUUUUCACUUUUUUCGCUGCUAGUUGUUACUGUUUUUAUCUGGAUCUUCCUUCUUUGUUUUUUUUAAUAUAUAAAUGUACCAGUUUGUUUUGUAUAGUUCAGUAUUGUAGCAUACAGCAUUACACAUUUUCUGUUGUUUUUAUGCCAUUUAUUUUGUUUGUUUAAAUAAAUAACUGCUUUUUUAAAUAAA